CUCCUGCGCUGUAGGCCAGUGGGCAAGCCGUGUGCUCCCACCAUCACCGUUUAACCGACAAACCCAAAAUGGCUUUUCGUUCUAGAUAAGAGAAGCUCGAGAUAACACUCUUACCCACUUCAUUUCCCCCCUACAUUUUUGAGGAAGAGAGUGAAGAAGUGUGUGAAGCACAAAAAAAAAAAAAUGGGAAUUUUUUUAGUUCCCAAGCUGCAAAUUUUGUUGCUCUUGCUCUGCUUGUUCCUGGGUUUUGAGUUGAUCCGAUGCAAUGUGAGCUACGAUAGGAAGUCACUGAUCAUCAAUGGCCACAGGAGGAUCCUCAUCUCUGGCUCCAUUCACUACCCCAGAAGCACUCCUGACAUGUGGGAAGACCUUAUACAGAAGGCUAAAGAUGGAGGUCUGGAUGUCAUUGAGACAUAUGUCUUUUGGAAUGGUCAUGAACCUUCUCCUCGCAAUUAUAAUUUUGAUGGGAGAUACGACCUUGUGAGGUUCAUAAAGACGGUUCAAAAAGUAGGACUUUACGCUCAUCUCCGCAUUGGACCUUACGUUUGUGCAGAGUGGAAUUUCGGGGGAUUUCCUGUUUGGCUCAAGUUUGUACCCGGGAUCAGCUUCAGAACUGAUAAUGAGCCUUUCAAGGCUGCAAUGCAAGGAUUCACCCAGAAAAUUGUACAGAUGAUGAAAGAUGAGGGGCUUUUUGCAUCUCAAGGCGGUCCCAUUAUACUCUCUCAGAUUGAAAAUGAAUAUGGUCCAGAGAGCAAAACACUUGGAGCUGCUGGUCAUGCAUACAUAAAUUGGGCUGCAAAAAUGGCUGUUGGAUUGGAUACAGGGGUCCCUUGGGUGAUGUGCAAGGAAGAUGAUGCCCCUGAUCCUGUGAUAAAUGCAUGUAAUGGGUUUUACUGUGAUGCUUUCUCACCCAACAGACCUUAUAAGCCAACAAUGUGGACUGAAGCCUGGAGUGGCUGGUUUACGGAGUUUGGCGGAGCAAUUCAUGAGCGGCCAGUUGAAGAUUUGGCUUUUGCGGUAGCCCGGUUCAUUCAAAAGGGUGGCUCCUUCAUCAAUUACUAUAUGUAUCAUGGCGGAACCAACUUUGGACGGACUGCUGGGGGUCCUUUUAUCACAACCAGCUAUGACUAUGAUGCUCCAAUAGAUGAAUAUGGUUUGAUCCGGCAACCCAAAUAUGGUCAUCUCAAGGAGCUUCAUCAAGCCAUUAAGCAAUGUGAACCCGCUUUACUAUCUUCCAAUCCUACCGUUACAUCAUUGGGAACUUAUCAGCAGGCUCAUGUGUUCUCUUCAGGGCCUGUUUGUGCAGCUUUUCUCUCAAACUCCAAUGCGAAAUCAACUGCUAGGGUGACUUUUAGGAGUAGGCACUAUAAUUUGCCUCCUUGGUCCAUUAGCAUCCUUCCUGACUGCAAGAACGAAGUAUUCAAUACAGCCAAGGUGAAAGUUCCUACCUCGCAGACCCAAAUGUUAUCAAGUAGUUCUUUGUUUCUUUCAUGGGAGACCUAUGAUGAGGAUAUUUCUUCAUUUGAAGAGGCCUCAAGAACUACGGCAGCUGGACUCUUUGAACAAAUAAAUGUCACUCGAGAUAGCAGUGACUACCUAUGGUACAUGACUAGUGUGGACAUUAGUUCAUCAGAAUCAUUUUUACGGGGAGGACAGAAGCCUGCGCUCAGUGUACAGUCAGCCGGGCAUGCUCUUCAUGUCUUCAUCAAUGGGCAAUUUUCUGGAUCUUCCUUUGGGACCAGGGAGAACAGGGGUUUCACAUUCAAUGGACCUGUCAACCUCCGUGCUGGAACAAAUAGAAUCACAUUACUCAGCAUGGCAGUGGGACUACCGAAUGUCGGGCUACACUUUGAAACUUGGAAAACUGGAAUCCUAGGUCCAGUUUUACUAGACGGUCUGGACCAGGGAAAGAAGGAUUUGACGUGGCAGAAAUGGUCCUACCAGGUUGGCCUAAAAGGAGAAAUGAUGAAAUUGAUCUCGCCAAAUGGUGCCUCAGCUGUUGAUUGGAUCCCCGAGUCACUGGCUACCCAUACCCAGCAACCAUUGACAUGGCAUAAGGCUCACUUUGAUGAACCUGAAGGUGCUGAACCACUGGCUUUGGAUUUGCGAAGUAUGGGAAAGGGGCAGGUAUGGGUCAAUGGACAGAGUAUCGGGCGAUAUUGGAUGGCUUUUGCAAAUGGGAACUGCGAUUCGUGCAGUUAUUCCGGGACUUUUCGGCCUCUAAAGUGCCAAUCUGGUUGUGGCCAACCAACACAAAGAUGGUAUCAUGUUCCAAGAUCAUGGUUAAAGCCAAAGGGGAACCUUUUGGUGAUUUUUGAGGAACUCGGAGGGGACGUAUCAAAAAUCUCUCUUGUGAAGAGGCUGGUGUUGGCGUAAACUGAAGCUACUUGUUCCACAGCUGGUGCAUUUGGGCCAAAUUCAAGAAACUGAGAACCACUAUAUUGAAGAAUAAAAAGAGAAUAAACUUUCUUUUCUCUAUAUGUAUUCAAGGUAGGGAGGGAUAGAAAAGAUGGGAGCUCACAGAUGAAAGUGCCUUGGGUUUCAUUGGCUGCAUGUUGAAUUGCCCUUCAUCCUUUCUGGGAGAUGAAUGUAGGGAUAAAACUCAGAUAUAGGCUUGUCUAUUUAACUUUUUUGAGGGUAGGAUCUGGAAAUGGUGCAAUGAAAUUGGCGGGGCUAGUGCUUUGCUUCUGACUUAUUAAUAAUCCAUAUAUUGUACCAAAUGUUUAAUCUCCUUGGAAAUUCCAAAGGCGCGAAAUACCAAUUCAGCAUCUACAAUUUAAUGAAGAUGGUUCGGUCGA